AUGGCCGCGACAACCUCAACCCCAACCCCAAACCCCACCAGAACUACCCCCAUCACCCACGAUGUCGAUGUCUGCAUCAUCGGCGGCGGCGCGGCAGGCACCUACGCCGCUAUCCGGCUCCACCAACACAACAAGACCGUCGCGCUGAUCGAGCGCGAACCGCAUCUCGGCGGCCAAACGACCACCUAUACAUGCCCCUCCAACAGCCACCAGCCCAUCGACUACGGCGUAACCUACUUCCAGAACCUCCCGAUCGUGCGGGCCUUCUUCGCGCACUUCAACAUCCCCCUCAGUCGCACCGACUUUGGCUACAAGCUCGACAUGUUCGAUUUCCGCACCGGGGCGAUCAUCCCACCCCUGCCGCAGGCGGAGUCCGAGGUCGCGAUGCAACGAUACAUGGCACAGCUGGCACGGUAUCCCUUCCUCAAGACGGGGUUUGAGUUGCCCGACCCCGUGCCGGAGGAUUUGCUGCUCCCGUUCGGCGAGUUCUGGGAGAAGUAUGAUUUGCAUGCGGCGGCGGAUGAUCUGGGGAUCACGGUCGUGCCGCUGGGGGAUUGGCCGCGGUUGCUGACGCUUUAUGUCAUGAAGUAUGCGAAUGCGGAGGUUUUGGAGGGUGAUCGCGUAACGGGGUUUGUGAGACCCGUGGAUCGGAAUAAUGGGGUUUUGUAUCAGAGGGCAGAGGGGGAGUUGAAGCGAAACCAGGUGUUGUUGUUGGGGAGUAGGGUUGUGGGGGUGGAGAGGGAGAGGGAGAAGAGUGAUGAUGAUGAUGAUGAUGAUGAUGAUGAUGAUGACGCUGCUUAUGUGAGAGUCAGGACGGCGGGAGAGGACGGGGAGAAGCUGAUUCGCGCGAAGAGAAUCAUUGUCGCGGUACCCCCGACGUUCGAGAACCUGGAGUGUUUCAAGCUCGGAGAGACGGAGCGGAGAUUGUUUGCACAAUUCAGCCACUUUUACUUCUAUACGGGGUUGGUCCGCAUCCAUGGGCUGCCGGCUGACGUCUGUUACGUGAACCGGACAGAAGAUAACCCGGCUAUGCAGCCUCGUUUACCGGGGAUGAUCAUCCUCAAGGCGACAGAGGUGCCCGAGCUGAGGAUUGUCCAGUAUGCGAGUCUGACGCCUCUGUCGGAGGAUGAGUGGAAAGAUGGCGCUCUCAAGGACUUGGACUGCAUCCGACGCAGGAGUGGGGUCGACUUCGCGGACCCCGAAUUCCUGGCUCUCGGUAAUCACAGCCCCUAUGAGAUGAGUGUCUCUGCGGAGGCAGUCAAGAAUGGGUUCUAUCGCGAGCUCAAUGCCCUACAGGGCGAAAGACGGACCUACUACACCGGGGCAACGUUCGAGUCCCAUAACACCCCCCAAAUCUGGGAGUUUACCGAGCAGCUGUUGCAGAAGGAUGUUCUGAAGUCACUGGAGUAG